ACUACGUUGUGCAGCCCCACCCUGAGGCUUCCCCAGGUAUUCCUAGAGGUGGUGGAAGUGGGGUGAUUCAACUGAGUGCAGCAAUGGCACCUCUGAAUGUCAGCAUGGCACAUUUUAAAGGAAACUCGCUGCGCUCAGACGGGGGAACCCACAGAGUUCACACCUAUCUUACUUCUCAGCGCUGGUUAACACAUCUCACGCUUCUUCUCUCUCUCUCUCUGUUUCCCCUACAUAUAAAUAGAGCCUUAAACAGUGACAUCAGUCAGUCAAAGUGAGUCUCUUGAGAGCACAGGGUGGGUCGGUCGAGCUGAGCCGUUGAUUAAGCAUUAACGCACAGAGACUUUAGGGAGUUUAACAAGACCAGUGAGACAGCGGGAUACAAUGGCGACCGUAGCGCAUCACUUAAAGCAGGCAUUGAUCUGGGCAGUGAUCUGUUUGAUGGCAGGAGAGGUUAUGGGCAACAAGGAAUACUUCUCCAAAAAGAUGGAAGCAAAACAGAAGAACGUGGAUAAAUUCUUUGCCAACAGAGGUCCCUUUCCUGCUGGUGCUUUGUUCAGACAGCUGGAUAACCAAACUCUACAGAAACAGACUCAGAUCCAGAUGCUUCUGGCAGGUGAAACACUGAAAGUCUACGACAACAUUCUCACCAAUCUGCGGGACAAGAUGCAGGCCAAUAAGGCAAGGGAUGACGUGGACUACCUGAGAAGCAAGGUGGAGGAACUGAAGACAAUGUACUUUAAUGAAACACAGAAACAGUUGGAAGCCCUCACUAAUAACCUCAAGGAGCUGCAAGCCAUCAAUACAAGUGAUGAGGUAGUCCAACGCAAAGCCAUUUUUGAGCUGAAGAAGGUCUACAACCGCGUUUCUUCUCUCGGCGAGGCCUCCAAAAACCAAACCACCUUCGCCCUCCGCCGGAGACGGCAGCUCAGACGGCGGUCAAUCAAACCCAGGGCAUAGAGCGGAUACAUUUACUACUGAAAAUAAGUUUACUAUAUACAUGGUGCCUCUAUUUAUAUUUAUUUAUAUUAUUAUAUUUCAAAUAUGCACAAUACAAAAUGUAUUGUUUUAUGUG